AUCUUCCUCGCCGGCUCCAUCGAGAUGGGCAAGGCCCACAACUGGCAGCUCGACCUCACCAAAGCCCUCGCCCCGCUCGAGGUCACGAUCCUCAACCCGCGCCGGGACAACUGGAACAACACGUGGGAGCAGCGCGCGCGCCACCCCGAGUUCCACGCGCAGGUCAAGUGGGAGAUGGACGAGCUGGACGCCGCGGACGUGAUCGCGAUGUACUUCGACCCGGCCACGAUCGCGCCGAUCUCGCUGCUGGAGCUCGGGAUGUACGCGGCGACGGGGAAGAUGGUGGUGUGCUGCCCCGAGAAGUACCAUCGUCUGGGGAACGUGGAGAUGGUGUGCGAGAAGUACAAGGUGCCGCUG